AGAACCCAGGGACAUGCAAACACUUUUGCUGGGAAAAGAAAACUACUGCAACAUUCAGAAAUUCAGCAGAAACCAGUGACAUUGUUCAUACUCUCUAAUCAAGUAUUUCUGAUUCUUUAUGGGGAUUUGAUUCUUCUCUGCUUGUCUGGUCACAGAAAACAAAGAUAAAGAACGUUUCUCAGGGAGUGGAAUGGACAGCAGGGUCAAAGAAAGUACUGUAAGGAGGCAAGUACUUUUCCUAUUGUUUUCUUUGUUUUGCCAAACUGCUUCAGAGCAUAUUCGAUAUUCAGUCCUAGAGGAAAUGGAAAAGGGAUCCCUUGUGGGGAAUCUUGCCAAGGGUUUCAGACUUAAUACAGGAGACAUAGGAAAUCAGAAGAUGCAUGUCCUUUCUCUAGGUAAAGAGCAAUAUUUCACAGAAGAAAAUGGAAAUCUAUAUGUAAAUAACAAGAUUGAUAGAGAGAAAUUAUGUGGAGAAACUGCAUUCUGUCCCAUUAAUUUUGAAGUGAUGCUUGAAAGCCCUAUGAAUAUCCUUCAUGUAACUGUUGAGAUACAAGACAUUAACGAUAAUGCACCACAUUUCAUAAAAGAUGAUAUCAAGCUAGAAGUAAGUGAAUCUACCUUACCAGGAACCACAUUUCUCCUUGGACAAGCUGAGGAUCCUGACAUCGGGAUGAAUGCUCUCCAGGAUUACCACCUUAGCAUAAACCAGUAUUUUGUUCUGGAAGUUAGAGAGAGAGAAGAUGGAAAUAAAUAUCCCAAACUAGUCCUGAACAAGCAUCUGGACCAUGAAAGCGAAAGCAGUUUUCAUUUAAUCCUUAUGGCUGUGGAUGGAGGGAAGCCUCCCAAAACUGGGACAGCCAAAAUAUGGAUCAGUGUCAUUGAUGCCAAUGACAACCCACCUGUCUUUACUCAAGAUGUGUAUGUAGUGACCCUGAGAGAGAACAUCCCAAGUGGAUCUUCAGUAAUACAAAUGAAAGCCACAGAUAGGGAUGAAGGUUCAAAUGGCCAGAUUAGCUAUGGCUUUAGCAACAUCCCUGGAAGUGCUGGUCAGAAAUUCUACUUGGAUCCAGAAGAUGGGACAAUUACAGUUAGGGGAGAUCUGGACUUUGAGGAAACUGAGAAAUACGUGAUGGCAGUAGAAGCAAGAGAUGGAGGUGGAUUAGUGGCUCACUGUAACGUUGAAAUAAAGAUAUUGGAUGAGAAUGACAAUGCCCCAGAAGUUCUUCUUGCUUCUUUAUCCAGCCCAAUACCUGAAGAUUCUGCAACAGGAACUCUGGUAGCCCUUUUCAAUGUAAACGAUAGAGAUUCUGGGGAUCAUGGGAAAGUUACUUGCCAUUUAAAAGAUGCUUUGCCAUUCAAAUUAGUAUCAACCUCCAAUAACUUCUAUAAGCUUCUUGCGGAAGGUUCCUUGGACAGAGAACACACUGCAGAAUACAAUAUCACUAUCACAGCCACUGACAACGGGGCACCGCCUCUUUCCACAGACAAAACCAUCUCAGUACAGAUUUCCGAUAUUAAUGAUAACUCCCCUGCCUUUGAGAAAUCCUCUUACACUGCCUACGUACCAGAGAACAAUCCUUCGGGCUCCUCCAUUUUCAAGGUCAAAGCCUCAGACACAGAUUUGGGCCGCAAUGCUCAAAUCACUUACUCCAUCCUCAGCAACACCAUUGAGGAACUACCCCUCUCGUCUUACCUCUCCAUCAACUCUGAAACGGGCAUGAUCUAUGCUCAGCGCUCCUUUGACUAUGAACAAUGCAGGGAGUUUCGACUGGUAGUGAGGGCAAAAGAUGGCGGCUCCCCGCCCCUCAGCAGUGACGCCUCAGUGGCAGUGUUUAUCCUGGACCAGAAUGACAAAAGCCCUCAAAUCCUUUAUCCGUCUCAAGGGGUAGAGGGAUCAGCCAUGUUUGAGAUGGUGCCACGUUCAGCAGAGGAGGGUUAUCUGGUGACGAAGGUGGUGGCCGUGGAUGCUGACUCCGGACACAACGCUUGGCUCUCGUACUAUCUGCUGCAAGCCACUGAGCCAGGGCUCUUCUCAAUCGGGUCCCAUAACGGUGAGAUCAGGACAUCACGGAUGUUUUCGGAAAGAGAUGCCAUGAAGCAGAAGCUAGUAAUCUUAGUAAAGGAUAAUGGGCAGCCACCACUCUCUGCUACCGUGAGUCUCAACCUGGUCUUUGCCGAAAACUUCCAAGAGGCACUUCCGGAAUUUAACAACCAGUCCAACGGAUCUGAGAAUCAGUUCUACUUGGUACUUGCCUUGGCUUUGAUUUCAUUCUUAUUCCUCUUGACGGUGACUCUUGUGAUUACGAUGAAGCUUCGACAGUCGGGGAAUCCCAAAUUCCUACAGUGUUUUGGUCCUGUCCCCCGUUCAAACAAUGCUGUGAUAUUCCCACCGAAUUAUGAGGAAGGGACAUUGCCAUAUUCCUAUCAGCUCUGCUUAUCAUCUGAGUCCAGGAUACAUGAAUUUACCUUUCCAACACCCAGUGUUCAAACUGCAGAAAAUAUUUCUGAUAACAAUAAAUCUGAUGUGCUUAUGACAGCCAAUGGAGGCAAUAUCCUGAAUUCUGUGAUGGAUAAAGUGACUACGGUGAGUUUUGUUUAAAAUGGUAAGCAAUUUACA